AGCUGCGGGUGGGACUGAAGGCGGGGCCGCGGGCGGGUUUGCAGCGCCGCCUCUCGCGAUAGCUCGCCGGGCAGCCAUGGCGGGCUACUGGGACGGCCCCGAGGGCGAGGAGUGCCCGCGCCGCACCUGGCUCUGCACGCGGGUCGGCGCCGCCGCGGGGCUGGUGGGCGCCGCGUACCGCAUCGUGCUGCUGCAGCCCGGGUCGGCACUGGCCGCGCUGCGGAUGGCGGCGAGUGACACGGUGACCAUGGCUACGCUGGGAGCUGUGUUUGGCGUAACCACCUGCAUCAGCGCCCAGAUCCGAGAGGUGCCGGACAGUCCCCUGGACUAUUUCCUAGGAGGCUGCGCAACAGGAGCCGUCUUGGGUGCAAGAGCUCACAGCUACAUGACCGGUACCACUGCGUGUCUGGGGCUGGGAAUCACUGCUGCUCUCAUGAAAAUCGGGAACAAGGAGGGCUGGAGGCUGACGGGGCCUCCCAAGCUGUAGGUGCCACCUUUCCUCCCUGCGAGCUGUCUUAGCGCGGGACGUGACAGGUGAUGUGUAAUAAAGACACCGGCAGAUCA